UUUCGUCCAAACCGCGAAAGCUGCAUUCAUCCCAGCCCCACACCCUUCCUCUCAAGCCUUCUCUCUGUAUUUCAUUUCAAUUUUGUUCAUUCAUUGCCAAAGCCUGAGAGCUCAAUCUUUGAGGAUUACGACUUACUGAGACGCCCAGAGAGAAAAAGCACUGUGACCUUGUGUCGGGCGAAUCUCGUUUUACUAAUUCAACAAUGGCGUACGUCGAUCACGCCUUCUCGAUUUCCGACGAGGAUAUCAUGAUGGAGCCAUCUUACGUUGUCAACAACAAACCUCCCAUCAAGGAGAUCGCCCUCGCCGUUGCUCUUCUCUUCUUCGGAACCCUCGGUAUCAUCAUCGGUUCAAUUAUGACCUACAAUCGUGUCGGCGGUGACACAGCUCACGGGCUUUUCUUUGCAAUACUGGGAGCCAUCUUGUUCAUUCCGGGAUUCUACUAUACGCGGAUUGCUUAUUUUGCCUACAAGGGAUACAAAGGGUUUUCUUUCUCUAACAUACCGCCUGUGUAGCUGUGUCCUAUAUGUCAAGUUCAAAUAUCACUCUGUACAGAUCGUCAAGGGUUGUAUGUUUUUUCUUAUCUUGUUUGUUCUCCUAUGGUUUUGCCGGCAAAUAAUGUGUAUUUACAUUACAGGUGCUCAGAACACAGACCAAAAAAGAAAAAAAGAUUACAUCUGCUUGGAACAAUAUAUACAACGCUGUUUAAAAUUAUCUUCUAUAUAAUAUGCUUUUAUCUUCUCUAAA